AUGAACAACAAAGCAAACAAGACUGCAAGGAAAAUGCAAAGAUUAAAACAAGGACGGGCUAAAGAUAUCCCAAAGGAAGACGCUGUGGGUGUAGUCCUGCAUAAAAAGUGGAUUUUAAAGACCGGUGGGUCAUCAAUCACUGAUGGGAAAACAGGUAAAAUGACAGCAAGACCUCAAUCAGUCAAUGCAGAAGAGCCAAUCAAGAGCUCUAUGUUUGAAAAGUGGGACAUGAUGGAUAGAGAUGAACAGAGGUCACUGGCUAAAUGCCAAGAAAGCAAAGAAAAUGGUACUUAUAGAUUGAUGAAGAAGAACACAAUGACCCAAGAGGAAGAGUUAAGGAGAACAUCAACCACUGCCUCAGGAAAAAUAACAUUAAAUGUACCCAGAAGAAAACUUAAAAAGGACCCAAUACCGAAUCCUGAGGUCUUCCGCAAGAUUGACACACAUGCAAUCAGUGCUGGAAGAGAGCUCAGAAUCAGGCAGAUAUUUUCAGUGCGAGCAAUCACCCAGAUAAUCACAGAGGGGGCAAGCAGUGAUUUAGACAAACUGCGUGCCAUCUGGAUCUGGCUUUGCCACUACAUUGAGUAUGAUGUGAAGGGCUAUCUGGGCCUCUCAGAGAAGGUUUGUCCUCCUGAACAGGUCAUUUUGUCUGGACGAGCUGUGUGCUCCGGUUACUCCAGCGUCUGUUUACAGAUGUGCAGAGAAGCUGGUAUUGAGUGCAGAGAGGUGUCGGGCUAUGGUAAAUGUGCUGGUUACCGGCCGGGUCAGAGUUACCGUAACACUGAAUCCAACCACAGGUGGAAUACAGUGUGUUUGGACAGACACUGGUACCUGUUGGACGCCUGCUGGGGCGCUGUAUAUGUGGACCUAGACAACAGAACCUUUAUAAAGAGAUAUAAAGAGUUCUACUUCCUGACCGACCCUGAGAACUUCAUCAACUCUCACUAUCCUAAUGAGGAGGAGUGUCUGCUGUUGGAAAGCCCCAUUGAGCUUGAAGAGUUUGAGAAGACUAAGAUCGGCGAAGCGACAGUAUCGAUGAGUUUCCCUCAGCUCGUCGAUUUCACCUAUAAGAUUUCCCAGCCCAGCGGCAAUGAACUACAACAGCUGAGCAACUCCAUUGGCUUUCUUACCAGCACGCGGCACAGCAUGACACUUCGCCUCAUGCCCCCAAAAUCUGGCAUGUAUGAGCUCAGCCUUUUUGCUCGACCUGGAAGCACAUCCGAAACAUUUGACUGGAUCUGUUCCUUCCAGCUGGAAUGUCCAUCACCCAGGACCUCAGAAGAGCUGCCCGAGAAUCCCCAUGUGUGCUGGGGCCUGCAACCAGAUGCGACGAGUUUAGGACUCGAGCCUUGCAAUUAUGGAAAUGAUUUCAUUUUGCUAGAGUCUGGAUCCUUUAGGUUAGUCUUAAAGACUACUAGACCACUUAUGAUGUUGUGUGAACUGAGCCAUAAGAACUUGGAUAAGACUUUAGCCGAGAAGUGCUUGGCCAUUCAGACUGAGCCAGACCAACUCACAUGUAACGUCCUCUGUCCUUACUACGGUUACUACCGUUUGUCUGUGUUCGUAAGGGACUGGGCGAAUGAAGCAGACAGCUUCGAGAAUGCAGGCAACUUUCUUCUUAACUACACAGCUGGUGCUGUCAGCCUGAAUGAGCUUUUUCCCAGUGGCCUUAGUAGUUCCUGCGGUCCUGGUAUCACAACUCUGGAGGCCGGCCUCUUCGAGUUCAGCCAUACAGAAGCUCUGGUUUAUACACAGCAAGGAAAGUGCGACAUCACCUUCCAAAACCCUCAAGAUAUAGAUCUCCACUGCGUUUUAACUAAAGAACAGUGCGAUCAACCAGCAAGUCAAACCACCCUUUCAAACCACGUCCUCUUCACUCACAAUGGGAGCAAAGUCACCAUAAGCAUCAACCUACCUGAGUCUGGAGUCUACAAGCUUGGUCUCUAUGGAAAAACGUCCUUCAAACAAGAAUUCACCUACACUCUAAAAAAUGCUGGAGUGUACCUGUGUGAUUACAUCCUGAAGAAUGCCUCAGUGAAUAAGUGGCCUCCAUUUCCAUGCAUGUACAACACCUGGAAGAAGGGCAGUGUGCUGUUUGAACCUCAUGCGGGGCAGCUAGAGGCCUCGUCCUGGGUGAAAUUUUGUGUACGUGUCCCAGGGGCCCGAGGAGUGAGUGUGCAAGGAGAUCAGAAAGUGGAUCUCCAGCUCAGUAAGAGCGGGGUUUGGGAAGGGAAGGCGUUUACAGGCAGAGGACCAAAGCUCGACCUCGCUGCCAGCCUGAGCGAGACCUCCAAUAGGACGACCAUCCUGAUGUCCUUCAGUGUGCUGGAGCCAUAA